AGUAGUUUUCUCAACAAUACACGUCUCUUCGUAACGGAAACGGAUCAACAUGCCACGGCGAUCACAGUAGUCCGCCGCCCACGGUCCCACCCACCCGAUCACACUUUCUCACUCUCAUUUACACUUUCCUAUAAUUUGCGUUUCUAUCCUUCUUUCUGCUUGUCAAUUUGAGGUAACCAUGGAGAACACCACCACCACCAAGUGUCCCGAUUUUCCGGCGGAUUUGGAGUAUCUUUCCGGUUUCGGAAACCACCUCUCGUCGGAGGCCAUCGCCGGAGCUCUCCCUCAGGGUCAGAACAGCCCUCUCAUAUGUCCCUACGGCCUUUACGCCGAACAGAUCUCCGGCACAUCCUUCACUGCACCUCGCAAGCUCAACUACCGAAGUUGGCUGUAUCGGAUCAAGCCAUCGGUCACACAUGAACCGUUUAAACCUAGAGUCCCAAGUCAUGGCAAGCUCGUGAGCGAAUUUAACCACUCCAAUAGUUCUGCUACUCCAACUCAGCUACGAUGGAAGCCUGUUGAAAUCCCAGAAGAACCAACUGAUUUCAUUGAUGGGUUGUACACUGUAUGUGGGGCUGGCAGCUCAUACCUGCGGCAUGGUUUUGCCAUUCACAUGUACUCUGCCAACAAAUCAAUGGACAAUUGUGCUUUCUGCAAUGCUGAUGGUGACUUUUUGAUAGUUCCUCAAAAAGGAAGGUUGUGGAUUACCACAGAAUGUGGAAGAUUGCAAGUGUCUCCUGGUGAAAUAGUUGUUUUACCCCAGGGAUUCCGUUUCGUCGUUAACUUGCCUGAUGGCCCAUCACGUGGUUAUGUUGCUGAGAUUUUUGGUACCCAUUUUCAGCUCCCUGAUCUUGGACCAAUAGGUGCUAAUGGUCUUGCUGCUCCAAGGGAUUUCUUUGCUCCCACCGCCUGGUUUGAACAAACCUUCCACCCAGGAUACACCAUUGUACAGAAAUUUGGUGGCGAACUGUUCACUGCCAAACAAGAUUUCUCUCCAUUCAAUGUGGUUGCUUGGCAUGGUAAUUAUGUUCCUUAUAAGUAUGAUCUGAGCAAGUUCUGCCCUUACAAUACCGUUUUGCUUGAUCACAGUGAUCCAUCUAUAAAUACCGUAUUGACAGCACCAACUGAUAAACCUGGUGUGGCAUUGGUUGAUUUUGUCAUAUUCCCUCCUCGGUGGUUGGUUGCUGAACAUACUUUCCGGCCUCCGUACUACCAUCGCAAUUGUAUGAGCGAAUUUAUGGGUCUGAUUUAUGGAGGAUAUGAGGCAAAAGCUGAUGGCUUUCUACCAGGUGGUGCGAGCCUCCAUAGCUGCAUGACACCCCAUGGUCCUGAUACUAGAACAUAUGAGGCUACAGUUGCACUUGGAAAUGAAUCAGGACCACGGAGAAUAGCAGAUACCAUGGCUUUUAUGUUUGAAUCAUGUCUAAUACCCCGAGUAUGCCCGUGGGCUUUGGACUCUCCCUUCUUGGAUCAUGAUUAUUACCAGUGCUGGAUUGGAUUGAGGCCCCAUUUCUCUGGUGAAGCUACAAAAGCUCAAAGUGGAGACUUCCAGAAUGGGCACAAUUAGUCUGGAAUUGGAGGCUCUUUGUCUUGGGGUUUGUGGGCUUCGUAUAUAGAUCUGGUAAUAAGCUAUUGUCCUGUGAAAUUGCCCAGCAUUGUGUACCUAAUGAAUGAAUAAAUGUAAAAGAAAAUGGUGAAUGUGGCUAUGCAUAUCAAAUUAUCAUUAGUUACAUAUGUAUACAUUGUUUUUAGAGUAUCUUCAACCUUGGCUCAAAUUUUUUUUUCAAAGUUAAGUAAAAAAAUUAAUUUAAUACAAUACAUUUCAAUGAAAAAUCUGACCUGGAGGAUGAAAUCGAGAAUUGGAAGGUUACAACAAAACCAAAUACGCACGUUGAUGUCUUUAAAUUCAAAUUGAAGGUAUAUUUAACAGGGUUCCUAACUGCUAAUUUUUUAUGUUUUUUAGGUUUGAAUGUCAUAUGAAAAAAGUUUGUAAUGGAUAUAUAAAUAGAUCACUUCAUAUAUCUAUUAGGGAGCAUUGUUUCAUCGCCUGCUCUGGACAAAAUUAAAUGUAGUUCUAUUGAGUAAGAAAAUUUGAUCUCUUACUAAUUUGACUAGACGAUAUUUUUUUUUUAUAAUCAUGCAUGGGACCCAAGUUUGCCUGUUUUGA